AUGAAGACUGAAAGAAAGGAUAUUUCGGCACUUGCAGCCAACCUUCGAUCGGCUGAUGAUCGAGAACGAUAUACUCGAGUCAUUUCAAUAUCCCAAAACCUUCAACGACGGAUCCAAGAUUUGUCUGCAAGUCGCUAUCGAUACCGACAACCGAUUUUCAUGGAGGAACGUCGUCGACAUCAUAAUGGCAAUACAAGAACAGCCAUGCAACGCAAUUUGCGAUCCUUUGAAUCACCAUCCCUCAACACGGUAACCAUAAGAUGUAGAAUGACAAAGACUUGA